CUAUCACAAUUGCCAGAUUAUCUCGCUAAGCUAAUAUUCGAAUAGUGUGUAGCAGUUGCUAGUGAGUAAUUUUUUGGUGAUCAACAGUUUAAAAAUAAUAUCAGUAAAAGAUAGCUAUCAACCCAAAAUCGAAUGCUCGAGGCUCUUAACCUCAAAAAUUUACUCCGUGCGUAUCGUGAUAAUUCACAGUGAUUAAAUAUAAUCGAGCGAAUGAUCGAGAGCCGAGAGAACACUGUUAAUGCGAAGGAAGAGCCGAACGAUACCUGGCCAAAUACAGACGAUGGUUAUUUCGAUUUGGUGGACUCUUGCGAAGUCAAAAACGUUGAAACAUUCACGUUUCAUAAAUCAUCAGUGAAUGCCGUAAACGAGGCUAUGUUGUUUCAAAAAAAAGUAGAUGAAAAAAUAUUUGUAAAUUUUGAGUGCAAAUAUGUUAAACCUGAACUGACGACUCUAUCGAGAACCAUGUGCAAAACGGAGUAUCAAAAUUUCCUGCCUACUGUGAAAAUAGAAAACCAAAUAGAAAAAAAUUUCUCGAAUGAAAAACGGCUAGUAAUUUUAAUAAAAAAAGGGUUUAAUUACAAUAAUAACUGCCAAUUUCAAAGACAGUUUAUACUGAAGCUUGAUAAUUCCAAGGACGAUCAUAUAUUUGAAAAAGGAACUCGAAAAAAAAUAUCACAUGAGCUUAAUUUGUGUCGGAAAAAUUUUAUAAAAGAAGCGAGCCUGAAAACACAUGUUGAAAAAACAUAUAAGAGCAUUAGACCAUUUGAUUGUCAAAUUUGCUAUAAAUCAUUUGGAAAAAAUUAUAAUCUCAAAAGGCACGUUAAUGCAGUACAUGAUCGUAUCAAACCCUUCGAAUGUGAUAUUUGUCAUAAAUCAUUUGGACUGAAAAAUAACCUCAGAACUCACAUAAGUGCAGUACAUGAUCGCAGCAAACCUUAUAAAUGUGACAUUUGUCAGAAAUCAUUUGGAGAAAAACUGAAGUUCAGAAACCACAUAAAUACAGUACAUAAUGAAAUAUGCCAUUUUGCCAACUUACCUCACAUGCCAACGCAUCCCGCUCUCAUUUACAACGCUAAGUAA